UUUGUUUUUUUCAUUUUUUGUAUUUUGUGGUCAUUAACUCAUUAUAUUGGUGUAACUUUUAUUGGGUUGUUGCUAAUUGUUGUUAUUACUUUUACACGUACUUUUCUUGAUUCAAACUGAACACUCUUUUAAGCAAUGCAGUAUGGUUUUGGUAUCUUUUGCUUUACUAUUUUGGAGAAUAUCUAAAUGUGAAAUGUGCUUUCUUGGAUGAGACUUUGAGGUUAAGAGAUUACAAGAAAUGAUUGCUUUUUGCUAGGAGAGUUUGUUGAGUUUUUCUUUGGGUUCACUUCUCUAAUGUCAAGUGGGGUUGCAGAUCAAUUGAUAUGACUAGAUAUGGAGUUGGAAUUCGACAAGUAUUGUGUAGUAGAUGGAAGUCCUACAACUGUGCUUCCAUCUCCGCGACACCGUCUAAAAGGUGAAAGGAGAAAAAGCAAAGCAAAUUCCAGAUGCAGUAAAGAAGUAUUGACUGUAGAUGGCGAAUUCACUGAGAUAAGCUUUCAUCGUUAUCGUAGUGUGUCAUGUAAAGAUGUUCCAUCAAGGAAAUCACAUUUGGGAGGAAAUGAUAUCCUAAAGAGGGGAUCUGUCUAUCAAAGUUCUAAAGACGUUAGGCGCACCAAGAGAACUGAUGCUGUUGAGGAAAGGAAAAAAAUUGAGUUCUCUAGAGGCAAUGCCACUGAAUUCUCAUUUGGCAUUGUCGAUGUUUUGUGUGGUUCAGAUGAGGACAAUUCACUCAUAACUAAACAUGGAUCCUCGUUCAAUCCUAUUUCCGAGAGAGAUGUACCAUCGGAUAGCUCUCUAGGAAGUUCUUUAAAUUCUGAUAGAGAAAAUAGAAGGACUCAAAUUCCACUAAGACAGUCAGCUCAGGAUUCAAACAUCAUGUCUCAAUCAGUCGUCGAUCGUCUAGGUGCAGUUAACAGAAAAACGGAGAGGGAUCCAUCUGUGUCUUUAUCCAAAUCAUUGUCUGCAAAAUUAGCAGUACCACAUUCGCCUGCUCGAUCAGAAAGUGAUAGCUCCAGGACCAGCAGCCAAAAAUCCCGUUUCAGUCCUAUUAGAAAGAUGUUUGAUCCGUUUGGUAAAUCAAAGUCUCUGAAAAGUCCAUUCAGUUAUACUUUCGAACCUGGCAGGGAUACCAAGAAUGAGCUUCUUAACGUCAGUAGAGGCAGAACGGUUCAUAAAUCUCUAUUGCAUGAUUUCUCAAGCAUAGAAGAGGAGCCUUUGGAAUGUAAUCCUCAGCCUAUCAAGAAAGAGAUCAGUAAUCCGAAUGUCCAGACCUUACCAGCUCAUUUACACGGCUUGCUCAGGUCGGAUAAGAAAAAUGGAUUGCCCUUUUUCGAGUUCUCAGUAAAGUCACCUGAAGAUAGUUUUGUCGCAAAGUCCUGGAAAGUGGAGAAUACCUUGGAUUGGGUGUAUACAUUUCUUUCCCUUCACCAUAAAAGGAAGAGCAAUGCUAGUGGAUGGGGAUUGAAAGAUGGCGUUAGAGAACCGUUGUUGGUUGGGCAGAUGCAAGUUUCCUGUUAUUUAUGUACAGACAUUAAAAGUGCUGGAGAUUGCGACAACUCAAUGGUGACAGAGUUUGUCUUGUAUGAUACGCCUUAUUCAGGAAAAAGAGUUUCUUCUCAGGAAAGUUGUCGUUCUUCCCCUGAUGUCACUGUUGCACCUAAGGCCUCUGAUGAAAAAUCAUCUGGAGCUAAUUGUGAUAGAGGUCACUUCGACUCAUCAACUCCUUUGGGAGUAGCACAACUGCAGUCACAGGUUGAAAUUGCGGCCAUUGCUAUAGAGGUACCAUUUGAAAAGAGAGAGAGUUUAAAAUUCACGAGUGAGGAUACAAAGGCUGAUCAGCCACUUCCAAAUUUACUGGAUCUCUCUGUGGUUGAGCAAAGAAUUGGACAUUCUGAUAGUGUAAGCCCCGCCAAAGUGAACGUUGUGAUCCCUUCCGGACACCAUGGUCUUCCAACAACUGAAAGUCCAGGUCCUUCCUCCUUAUUGGAUAGAUGGAGGAUGGGUGGAGGUUGUGACUGUGGCGGCUGGGACAUGGCAUGCCCGCUUCACAUAUUUGGCAAUCCAAAUAUUCAUUUUGAUGACAACCGGCCUCUGGUUGAGAUUCAGCAGCCGUUGGAACUCUUCAUUCAGGGAAGGAACGAUAAAGCUCCAGCAUUGACCAUGACACUUAAGGAGGAUGGACAGUAUUCAGUUGAUUUCCACGCUCAGUUAUCUGCACUACAAGCAUUCUCUGUUUGUGUCUCAAUUUUGCAUUCAAUGGAAACGUCGAUUGCAGUGGGACAAGAGAAAAAUGUAGAAUCUUUGCAAUCCAAAACGUUGAGGGUGUUCGUUCAGGAUGACAUUAAAGGCUUGAUUAAUGUAGUUAGAGAGGAAAAGAAACAGGAAGUACACAAAAAAGUGGAGCAAGUACUCCCAACUUUCGUGCUCAAUCCACCGUUCUCACCAAUUGGUCGAGUGUAGUCUUGAACAACUCACUCAGCUAGGAGUUGAACUUAUACUCCAUUCUACGUGGGGUGUAUAUCGAGCUCCAUACAAAAACUGGCUGCUUUGUGAACUCGAGAUCACCCGGAUGCAACCUUUUCUUGCGUGCAGUUUUGAGAGGAACCGAGAUGAUGAAUGGUGCACACGAGGCAGAAUCCACGAGCUUGUCAAGUCUGAUUUUCAGCUGGAUGAUCCAUGUUUUUUUCUUCUGGAAUAGAUGCCACACUAUACUGUUUAUAUUGUUAGUUGAUAGGGAAGGGCAUAGGAAGCUCAAUUCAAUUUUUUCGACAAUAGAAAAUUUCAAAUAUAAGCAUUAGCCUACUUGUAAUUUAUUCAUGAUGGCCACAAGGUGCUGAAGGAAAGAAAGCCAUAAGGGAAAUUUUGAACACUCUUUUGUAGUAGUAUUGAGUCAGUAGCAUAGUUUUGUUUGAACUUUUUAUGUAAGUAUAUUAUUGUGGGAAAUAAAUAGCUCUUGGGCCAGUGUAAUGCAA